GGGAGAGCGGUUUACCAUGUGACUGCGCUCUCCAAUGUCUCCAAACAACUCACUCAGCAUCAUGGCUGCGGACGCUGCGGCUGGGAGCUCUCAGCUCUGCUUCUCUCGACCCGGAUCCGUGUCCUUGCUCAUCGUUUUCGCCUUCAUCUUCCCGGUUUCUGUUCUUGGAUUACUGGGUUUCCGCCCCGAGGACACGCGGGCAGAGCUGUCCGUUGAAAAUGGGGUGCUGAAAGCGACAGAAGGGACGCGAUUCAGGCUGCGUGUUUAUUACACAGCAUCCCAGCGAUUCAACAGAACUGUCAGUGGUAGAGAUGCAGUGGCUACGCCGUGGAUUGCUUUUAUUGAAGAACCGAGUUCUGGUAGAUCAGGACAGGUUCACCCGAAAAAGAACCUCUGCAUGGAUAAGAACUCCAGGACCUCUGAUAUCGAGUUACUGGGCUCAUUCAAACCUCCGUACAACCACAACUCAGUCUUAGUGGACCUGCUGGCCAAGGACUUGCGCAGAGGUGAAAAAAUAAAGUACUAUUCAAUGUGUGCGUUUGAUGGGGUAAAAUGGGAACACUUUAGGACUAGAGAUUUCUGGCUGGCAGUGGUUGAGCGGCCCCCAGAAGCGGACGUCUGGCUGCAGGUUGCCGUCACCUUAAUACUGCUGGGAUUUUCCGCUCUCUUUAGCGGGCUCAACCUGAGCCUAUUGGCGUUAGAUCCCGUGGAGCUCAGGGUUAUACAGAACAGCGGCACGGAGAAGGAACAAAAGUAUGCACGGCGGAUUGAGUUGGUCCGAAAGAACGGGAACUAUCUGCUGUGUACAUUGCUUCUGGGAAACGCGCUGAUCAACGCCUCUCUGGCGGUCUGGCUUUGCCAGACGUUUGGGGUGACCUGGCUCUCCAUCCUCGUCUGCACUUUCGGCAUCUUUUUUAUCGGAGAGAUUCUUCCCCACUCGGUGGCUUCCAGACACGGGUUGGCACUUGCUUCCAAGACCAUCUGGGUGACGAGGCUGUUAAUGGUUAUCUCAUUUCCCAUCUCUUUCCCCAUCAGCAAGCUCCUGGACGUGUUCCUGCGUCAGGAGAUCAGCAACUUCUACACCAGGGAGAAGCUCCUGGGGAUGCUGCGAGUCACAGACCCUUACCACGAUCUGGUAAAAGAGGAGCUGAAUAUCAUCCAGGGCGCCCUGGAGCUCCGGACGAAGACGGUGGAAGAUGUGCUGACCCCACUGAACGACUGCUUCAUGCUCGGUUCAGACGCAGUGCUUGACUUCAACACCAUGUCUGAGAUAAUGCAGAGCGGCUACACCAGGAUCCCAGUCUACGAGAACGAGCGGUCCAAUAUCGUCGAUAUCCUGUUCGUGAAGGACCUGGCUUUCGUGGAUCCCGAUGACUGCACCACGCUGAAAACCAUCACGCAGUUUUACAGUCAUCCCUUGCACUGUGUGUUCAACGACACCAAGCUGGAUGCAAUGCUGGAGGAGUUCAAGAAAGGUAAAUCACACCUGGCGAUCGUGCAGCGUGUGAACAACGAGGGAGAGGGGGACCCCUUCUAUGAGGUGAUGGGCAUUGUCACACUGGAGGACAUCAUUGAGGAGAUCAUCAAAUCAGAGAUUCUGGACGAGACUGACUUGUACACUGACAACCGUACAAAGAGGAGGGUGUCUCACCAUGAGGGGAAGCAGCAGGACUUCUCACUGUUCAAGCUUGCAGAGAACGAGAUGAGGAUCUCUCCCCAGCUUCUCCUGGCCACACACCGCUUCCUGGCAACAGAGGUGGAGCCCUUCAAGUCGUGCCACAUCUCUGAGAAGAUCCUGCUGCGCCUGCUCAAGCACCCCAAUGUGGUGCAGGAACUCAAGUUCAAUGAGAAGAACAAGAGAGCCACAGAACACUUCCUGUUCCAGCGCAGCAAGCCUGUGGAUUACUUUGUCCUGGUGCUGCAGGGGCGAGUAGAGGUGGAGAUAGGAAAGGAAGCACUGAGGUUCGAGAAUGGGGCGUUUACUUACUAUGGAGUGCCAGCCAUCAUGUCCAAUCAGACAUCAGUUCACAGGUCCCCGUCUCGCAGCAGCAGUCUCAACCGGUCUGAGUCAAUGAACUGCGGGGGCAGCAUGGGCCAGCUUAACAGCAACAACAGCACCUACCUGCCAGACUACUCUGUACGCCAGCUUACCAACCUGCAGAUCAUUAAGAUCACACAACAUCACUACCAGAAUGCACUUACUGCCACUCGCAUGGACAGCUCUCCACAGACUCCUGACACAGAUGCCCAGGUGAACGAGGACAGCACUCCCACCCCCGAGAAUCGUUCCAGCAGCACUCCCCUGCCGGUGCCUGAAAUCCAGACCAGCAGUCCUGUUGAGACCAAUACACAGAGCAGCAGAGUCCAGCAGAGCACCACCCUGCUCAACGAGAGAAACCGCAUAGUCCGUAGUAAGUCGGAUGGGCAGAAGAGCCCCAGUGAUUUUGUUUUCCUGAGGAUGGAUGAGAUUCCAAACAUCCGAGAGGAGCUGGCAGAACGUGUUGAGAGCACUGGGAAGCAGAACGGAGACAGCGUAGCAGUGCCGGUGGAAGACAGCCUUUCCAGCUCCCCGUUCAUUAGCAGCCUGUCUCUGAGCACCUCUGACCAGACCCUGGGAAAGAAACUCCUUCGUAAACUCAGCAAUAAAAAGCGGAAAAAGUCACGAGAUGGAGAAAAGACGCCAGAGGACAACUCUGGGAUCCCGCAGGUGAAACCCUAAUCUGUUUCCAUCAACAGGGGGCACCAGGCAGGCAAGCAAGCUCUGCAAACAAAAAAAAAAUACUUCCCUGAUACUUCCCUAUGGUACAAGUUCAUGAAAUUGAAUUUAAUGACAGCUCGUAACAUGCCAAAAUGCAAUAGGGUACACAGGAAUCUGUGCACUUUGCCCAGUUACUUCAAGAUCUGACUAAAUUCCUGCUUGACAACCGACAUUGACAUGCAGGAUGUAUCAAGGAAUCUAGAAUCUCCAGUUGCUACUUGCGAUUGAAGUGGAAUGUGCAUGUAAACACAAGGAAGCAAAUCAAUAUUAGUAACUAGAUUUAAGGACAGGAUCAGUUCUGUUUGAUUCUCUUUAGAAACUGAUUUAGUAGAAGGAGUCCUUAGACAACCUUCAUUAUACAAGUUGUCGGUGGGCCUGCGUUGAAUCCAGACUACCCUGCUACUUCUUUUUGCCAGUUUGUAGCGAUUGUUAUUAUCCGCCCUCAGAUGGAUUUAGAAUUCUGCAUUAUGCUAAGCAGGUUAUGCUUUGCCUUUGUUUUAUAUGGGUGUCAGGUAAAGUUUAACUCAUUGCCCACUCAGGUUGUUUGAUUUGAUGUGAAGGCCUGAGGCUACAGAUUGGAGGGUUUCAGCAGUUUAGUAGACACACCUCUGGGGGCACAAUACAAUGGAAUGCCUGGUUUCCAUCAUCUCAUAGGGAACUCAGUGUUUCUAUGUUGAAGAAUCACUACUCAAGCUCCUGUUGUUUGAAUCCAUGUCAGCUGUAAACAAGAUGUACAUCUUAAUCAUGUUUGUAUACCUAUUUGUUUAAUACCUUUUUAAACUUUAUUGUAUUGUGGUACACACACACACACACACACACACACAC